GCCGUACUGGAAUAAUCCGUACAAAUCAACAACUGGAAAGAGAUGAGAAACCAGUUUACAACUUGACUGUGAUCGCUGAAAACACUAUGGCUUCUCCCAAGCUAUCGACAAACUUGACGGUUCAGGUCAUCAUAUAUGACGUGGGUGUUCAAAGACCACAGUUCACCUCGAGUCAAUACCAGGCAGAGGUUUCAGAGUCCGUACCAGUCGGGACAUCUGUAAUAAAAAUCAACGUCACCAACAGUGAGCAGGUUGUGACCUCCCAUGUUUUGUUUAAAAUUUUGUACGAUCAAAGUAGCGCGGGUGCAAGAAAGUUUGCGAUAGAACCUGAAACGGGUCUCAUUACUACACAGGGAGAGCUGGACCGAGAAACGACUUCCAACUACACCCUGAUAGUGGAGGCGAAGGUGCUGAACACAGAUCUUGAACAUAACUUGUUGUCAAGUGUAGGAACUGUGUUUAUUAACGUCAGCGAUGUGGAUGAUAACUCCCCUCGUUUUGUACAACGGAGUUACCGCUUUACGCCAAGUGAACUGUCACGUGUCGGUGACGUCAUUGGGCAAGUGCGAGCUGUGGAUGUCGAUGAAGAUAACCAAGCUGAAGUGUUUUAUCAAAUUACGAGUGGUAAUCAGAAAGGUCUUUUUGAUAUCAGCCAAAAUCAGGGAACAAUUUACGUCAAUCGUAGUCUUGAGAAAGAAGCAGCCUCUACCUUCCACCUGGUUAUAAGAGCACGCGAUUCACCCGAAGCUGGCAAGACGAGGAAAAGAAGAGGCCAAGACAUCACUUUUGACGAGGUUACAGCAACAAUUCAAAUCAGUGACGAGAACAAUAAUCAUCCAGUUUUCACUCAAACACAUUUCAUAGGAGGCUUUUAUGAAGGUGAAGCCUCAAGGAACACUGUUGUAGCAAAUGUCCAGGCAUUGGAUAAGGACUCUGGUGCUUAUGGCUCUGUGCUGUACUCCAUCGUGCACGAAGAGAUUCCCGGGAUUUUCUUCUUAGACGCGAACACUGGUGGAGUAACCCUGUCCAACCUCUCGGCCCAGGUCGCUGGGAAGCUGCAUUAUACACUGUCAGUUUCAGCCGUGGACAACCUGGAGAAAGUGCCUUACCACAAGACCAAUCAAAAUGCUUUUGUUCAUAUUUUUGUUCUCUCUGAUUCCACAAAGCUGUCACUUGAACUUGGUAUUCCUCUUGAAUUUGUUCAAGAGAAGAGAAACGAGAUUGAAAGCAUGCUGCGUAAUCUUACCGGGGGAACAGUGAUAAUUAAAUACAUGCAAGAGAAUGGUGACGGACGAACCAUUAUCUAUUUCCAUGCUAUCGACAAUAAUACGCUGAAUAUACUGACGCAGGAGGAUUUUAUGAGUGGCUUGCUAAAUAACACCGGCCUGAUCAGCAGUAUUUUCAGAAAAUGGAAUAUACGCAUGCCAGCAGCCGAGACAGCGGAAGCAUCCAAAGGCUCAAGGAACGAAUUCAGUGCUGUAAUCGCCGCUAUGUUAGUACUGUCUGCUGGUAUCGGGGUGGCAGGAGUGAUUGGCAUAAUUGUCGCGUGUCGCAAGAAAAAACGUCAGAAGACUGUUUACAAGACAACUGAUAACGGGGAGUCACCGUUUCCACUAGCAACGGCUUGGUACUCUAUGGAUGUUCCCGGCAUUGAAGCAUUUAUUGAUGCCAAGGCUGAUGGAACUCGACGAUCUCUGAGAGACACAACCAAGUAUGCAGUACAGAAGGAUGCAGCUCCUUGUUGCUCGGGUGAUAUUACAUUGCCACGCACGUCAUUAAGAGGAAGUGCCACUUACAAACUGAAAAAUCAGGAAGGGAAAAAAAAUGAGGCUAAAAGGAAAGCUGUUGCUUUAAAUCAUUAUGAGACUACCCCUCAUUCCUGUACUGACAGCAGUGAACGGAAUGAAGAUUCUGAUACGAUAGACGGUCACGCAACCGACGCCACGGCAAUUACAAGAAUUGCUGAAAGCCACGAGAACGCUGGAUUCGAGCACAGUCAAGAGCGUGAGAAGAGCGAAGAAAAACCCGCAGUUGAUCGUAAGAUUUCAAAUCUCGGCGAUACAAAGCCAGACCAAAGCAACGUAAAAGGCAAAAAUCGGAAGGUAAGGUUUGAUUUGCGUGGUGCUAAAAUGAAGAACGAAAGGCGGGCCGUCAUGAGAAAUAUCCCGGAUAUUAUUGUGAUCAGCGAAGAAGCAGAGGCGAACCAACAGUUCGACGAAAAUGAGAGGAAGCGAGCUUGUGACGAAGACGUUUGCGAUGAUGUCGAUGAUGAAGAUGAUUUGCCUACUGAUCUGAGUUCCAUUUUUGAGAAUUCAAGAGAGAGUUUCGCUUCUGGGUCUGCCAUAAGCGAUGAGGAAGGAACAGUAGUGACAAUAUGAUAGACCGUUGUUGUUCUGUCUGACAAAGGAUGGAGCAUUUUACUAGUUUAACUCUCUUUUUGAUCAAUGAAGAGUCACGUUUGUAAUUUAUUAACCAAAAAUCUUAUUGAGCACACGUAUUGGUAUACUGUAUGGUUUUAACAUUGACAAGUACUGGCAAUAUGUUAAUACAAGUAACUUGAUUCGUCCCUGACUGGUAAGGUAAAAAUGCUCCGGUAGUACGCUAUGGUUUAUUACACUAGUUACAAUAUAAAAUUCGCAGUAGCUAUGAGGAGGAGGCAUAAUUAAUUGCUUGCAUUUCUUGCUCCCAAUUGGGGGAUAUUAUCAGCUGGGGGAGGUCUAUGUAGUCAGCAUAGAUCAGUUGAGUCUAGACAUUUCAUAAGCGCGCUAGCUGUUGUUGAUGUGGUUGAAGUGUCCUAAAUUGUUGUAGUGCAGUCACUCCUUCGUAAUGCAUUGUAUGUGGUUAACAGAUAAUUUCAAAUAAUGUUUAAUGUUUUCUUGUAUUUGUUGUAUUUGUAUUUCGAACAAAUACAUGAUUACAUUGCGAAAUAAAGUGUUUCAGAAGUA